UAGGCACUGAGUAUUCAGUCGAUCGACAAUUUCGGACAAAACAGUUUCCAGAUUUCGGCACGCCAUUGAAAUCAGUAUCCAAAUUAUAAAUUUAUUUUCACAAAAUUUUGUCGUUUUGCAUUUGUUGUAGGGAAGUUCCUAAAUUCACUUUUCGAAAUAAACCAAAAAAAAAUUAAAUUAAAUUUAAGUUUCGGCAUUAACAUUAAAUUCAUUUUCGGUCACUGAUUUUCCAAUAAAAUGGCGGACAAAAAUGGUGAUAAGUCUGAGAAACCAGAGAAGCAAACGAAGUUUCCGGGAAAUUUUCUUUACAUGUUCGAGGUUGUCGUGGACGAUCUGCUAAUUACACGGCAAAAUCUUUGCGCUCCCGAAGAGUACCCCACAUGCACGGAGCUGACUUUCCGCUCGUCCAUGUACAUGUGCAUCUGCGACAGAGAGGUCGGCACCUGCGUGAAUCCCUGCUCGCCCAAGUGCGGCAAGUGCUGCCUCUUCACCCUGGAAUCCCCCAUCACGGACAAGGACAAGCUGCUGGUCCAUGUCUACAAAAAGAAGACGGAGAGCUGCAAGUUCCUCAUCGGAUUGUCGGAGCUGGCGGUGAAGCCGAUUUUCGACCGUGUGCGGGAGUCCUUUGACGUGGAGAAUCCAAACUGGGAAGGCGCCAUGGCCAGUCACGUGAACCUAAUUCCAAAGCUCAAGGGCGGCAACAACAAGGGUCUAAUGGACAACUGCUCCUGCUACAGCAAGAUCAACGAGCGCCACGAGCAGUGGUGUCCCACCUCUGAGCUGUCCAAACGACUGCUGCCCCUCUUCAAUCUCUGCAAGAUGCAGACCGGGAACAUUGUGCUGAUCAUCCGAUUGGUUUGCAAUGGCCCCGCUAUAGUCUCCUCGUUCCCGUUCAUGCGGGUCUGCUCCCGGAAUCCCAAGUGCCCUGAUCCUUGCUGCCCGCCGUCUUGUUGCCCGCCGCCAUGUCCCCCCCCAUGUCCAUCAUGUCCUCCGUCAUGCCCUCCUUCAUGUCCACCACCAUGCCCACCGCCCUGCGAUCCUUGUGAUCCCUGUUGCGGCCAAGGUGGCGGCACCGCCACCGGUGGACCCAUGAACCCAACCAAGUGCUGCAAGGGGCCGUGCGCCCAGCCACCACCCCGCCGCUGCACCAUGGUGGAUCCUUGUGCCCCGCGCGUCCAUGAACCAAACAAAAUCCUGCGCUACUAUUCCUGCAACAUGGACAAGCUCUGUCCCGGCGACUAUUGCGAGGAUGAGUUCGACAGGGAGUGCCCAACAGUGCCUUCCAAGCGCUGCCCCCCUACUCCCAUAGACAAGAAGCUCCAGAAGUGCGGACCGUGUGGCAGUCUGCCCGAAUAUCCUCGUUAUAUCCAGGAACGUCUGGCGGGAGUACCGGCGCCCCCAUUAGAAAGCGAAAAGGAUAAGGGCAAGGGCAAGGGAAAGGGUAAGGACGGAAAGGACGAUAAGAAGGAUGCCAAGGGCAAGAAAGGCAAACGGCAGGCUGGUGGUGCUGUGCACUGUGUGGGCAACCCCAAGAUCUGCCCAUCUGCCGUUUACGAUGACACCUAUCCGCCCGUCUGCAAGGGGAGACUCGAGGCCACCCGGAAGCGGUCCUUUGUGGAUCCCAAAGAUCCCAACUACGAUGCUGCCUGUGAUGAUGCGCGUAGACGGGCUAUACGGAAAUUGCGCCACUUACUGGUGAAGUACAAUAUCCAAAUUGAGAAUUGAGGCCGUCCGACUUGGAAUAGGGGCAUCGCGCACCCGUGUCCUGUGGAGUACUAUAUUUGAAUUCUGACUGAAAGA